AUGCACUCUGGUAAAUGUAGUCCAGGAACAGUGAGGCAUUGCGGACUCCGCGCUGGCUCCCGGGCCGUCUUCAAUGGGAAAAACUGAUUUCGGGUGCCGUCAGGCCUUUACCGUAUUAAUGCUGUUACCGGCUCGAACAGCCUUUUAGUACACAAUCUGCCCCUGUUCACAGUAACUUAUAUAUAUAUAUUUUUUUUCCCCCGUAGAUGCUGCCUGACCCGCUGAGUUCCCGCAGCAUUUUGUGUGCAUUGCUUUGGAUUUCCAGACUUUCCUCGCGUUUAUGAUUUUUAUACAGUUUGCCGUUCUCUGCGCCUCAUUCCCAAGUGUGCGUUUGAAUUCCCGCCUGUUUGACUGGGUGUCAAGUUUAAUUUAAUAAUUAUCUAAUUAAAUAAUCUCGAAAGUUUGUUAAAACUGCUUUUAUUAAUAUAAUCUUUUGAAAAAGUCAUUGGGCAAACUGAGUACAGCCUUUACACAUUGGAAUUAAACGGUUGGAAGUACGUGGCAUCACAAAUUGCCCGAAAGGGAGAUGAUUUUAACUUGAUCUAAGCCCUUUUUUCAAAUUAAAGACAAAUAAUCACGGACUAAAGUCGUUCGUUUCUCAGCUAAUCGUUUAGAUGUGGAUUAACAAUCAGCGUCGAUUCCUGCUUCCACGUCAGGUACAGGGCGGGACUGGCCAGGCGGGGUCUUCGUUCGGCGCGCGAUUUGACGGUUGCUGUGGCGGAGUGCGCGCGGGAGAAGAUGUCGUUGUCAAACCGUGGCGCGAGUGAAGGGGCGGGGACGGCGGCGGCAGGCGCACGACAGCUGCAGGAGCUCGAGCUGCAGAUCGACCAGACUGCUUUGUAUUUAACUAAAGUUUGGGAAAUCACAUCAUCACUCUCAGCUCAAGUAGAAGACCUGAGUGCAAAAUGUUCAGCAAAUACGCAGUUUUUGAAAGCAUGGAGGGAUCUUCUCAAAGAGGGAUAUGAAUCCCUGAAACCAUGCAAUUGAUCAGAAAGAUGCACAAUAUUAUCCUUCACGAAGAAAGAAUGUGAAUUUUCAUGAUGGAAGCAUGAUGAAUUGCUUUAAAGUCAAAGAAACUGUCAUGAAUAGUAAAUCAAAUUUAAGCUGCAUUUUAUAGCUAUCUCAUGCUGUUGUGAAGGAUGAUAAAUAUGGUGCACUUAAGGAUGUUUUAUAACUUUUGUAAAUCAUUACUACUUUGAUCCCUAAAUAAAUGUUUUGUCAAUGAACUGAAAAUUUUUUUGCAUCUUUUAAGUUCAAUAUCUUUGAAUUGGCAGGAGGACGAAUUGAAUUUGGGAAUUUAUCUUUGGAACAGAAUUAGUACUUUAUAGUUAAAUGUAGAUUUGUACUUAGUUAAAACUUGAUUACUUUAUAAAAUUCUGAGCAAAAAGUAGGGUAGAGACUGGUAAAUUUUCAUUACAUCAUUUCCCUUGAUUACUUUUCUUGAACCCACUUCAGUGUUUGGAAACACAAUUAUUGAAUUAUCCCAGUAGUAAAUUGAUUUCCAGAAUCUCCAUCAGCAUAGGUGCACCGCAAGGCUGUGCUUAGUCCCCUGUAUUAAACACAGCCCGUCACUCUCAUCCUGUCCAUCUUCAUGGUGCAUUGGUUCAGAAAAGCCAACAGUGUAGUCAAGGAUGCCUGCCAUGCUAGCUAUUCCCUUACCUCUCUUCUAACUCUUGGGAGAAGAUAAAGGAGCUUAAAAGCUCUGACAAUCAGACUCAAGAACAGUUUCUCUACUUCUGAACCAAUCAACUCUUUGACACCCAGAGAUGCUGCCACCUUAUUGGACUUUUAAUUCUGUUUCUGUUAUUCUGUAUUGUCACUUUAGCAUUUCUUUUUGCACUACUUCAGUACCGUAAUGUCACAAAGCAACUAAUUUUGCACUUGU